AUGGCGUUUUUAAAAAUAAUAUUUGCAGCCUAAAAACAGAAGCUGUAGCUGCAGAAUAAAGAAUGCUUAUAGUCACAACUCUCUUAAUAUAUAGUGUACUUAGGCUAUCAAAGUGUGAAAACAUGUGGGAAAUAAUAGACAUGCAUUUUUUGUUAUUAGACUAUAUAUAACAGCAAUUGCCACAAUUAUAUAUGAAAACCAUAUAAAAACAGAAAAUUCGUAUUUCACAUAAGCAGGCAGUACCUGAAAGCAGCAUGGACUAAGCCUCGUGUGUGUGUGUGUGUGUGUGUGUAUGUGUGUGUGUGUGUGUGUGUGUGUGUGUGUGUGUGAGCUCGCUGUGUUUGUGAGGCAGAGAGUUGCGUGCGAAGAGCUCGACAUGUCAUUCAGAGGAAUCCGCCACCUGAAACGCGAGGAAGUGAAGGCGACUCAAUUGGGUAUAAAGCAUCAGCCAACAUCUGCCCCGAGCAGUGCAAAGCUGAUGAAAACAUCAGCUCGGAGCUCGCUCAGGACCUCUCCGGUUUAUUCUAUUUUCCUUGGAUUUAUCAUUUGGCUUUACCGAGUCGGUGCACCCAAGGAGACGCAUCUCUUUUCUGCACUUUAAGUGGAUGUGACUCCACAGCCAUCACUAUACUGGAAUUAACUGCUAUCCCCAGGGAUUUGGGCGCACCUGUUACCUCCACGGAGCGCGACAUCAUGAUCCCUCCGGGAGACUGCAUGUACGCGGGCAGAAAGAGGAGGAAGCCCGUCCAGAAACAGAAGCCGUCGUCUGCCAACGAGAAAACCAACCCGUCCAAGAGGCACAGAGACAGGCUGAAUGCUGAGCUGGACCGGCUGGCCAGCCUGCUGCCGUUCCCCCCGGAUGUCAUCUCCAAGCUGGACAAGCUGUCCGUGCUGCGCCUCGCAGUUUCCUACCUCCGCGUCAAGAGUUUCUUCCAAGUGAACCAUGAGAAGCCCUCCAGGAAGCACAGUAUCAGCACAGCAUCCUCUAACCCUGAACCCAGGAAAGAGAGCCUUCCACUGGGCAACGGCGUCAAUGAAAGCGGCCUCCUUCUGGAAUCUCUUACAGGCUUUGCCUUGGUGGUGAGCAGCGAUGGGAUGGUAUUCUAUGCCUCGUCAACCAUUGUGGACUAUCUGGGAUUUCAUCAGACUGACGUGAUGCACCAGAACGUGUUCGACUACAUCCACAUAGACGACCGUCAGGAGUUCAGACGCCAGCUCCACUGGGCCAUGUGUCCUCCACAGGGGACGUCAGCACACCAGGACGGCCAGCUCGCUGCAGGAACUGGUGAGGACUUUGUAGUGAGCAGCCUGUUCCAUUCUCCAGAGGCCGGGGGAAUUCCUCCUGAGCUCUCCUGCUUUCUCAACAGAUGUUUCAUCGCCAGAGUCCGCUGCCUCUUGGACAGCACCUCUGGAUUCUUGACGAUGCAGUUCCAGGGUCGGUUGAAGUUCCUCCAUGGUCAGAAAAAGAAGUCAGGCUCCGGGGCUCUGAUGCCUCCCCAGCUGGCCCUGUUCUGCAUAGGUGUACCCCUCCUACUGCCCUCCAUCACCGAGAUGAAAAUGAAGAACAUGUUAAUGCGGGGGAAGAACAAGGGACCAGGCGGAGGGAUGAUCUCUGCACUGGAGCAUGGAGAGCGAGGGGAACACCUCCGGAGGCACUCCUUCAGUGGAGGAAUGGGUGACAUCGCAGAUCCUCUCCUCCUCUCCUGUCCCACUCCUGGCGCUACCCAGCGGGGUCACCACAGUCCCUGGACCCCGCUCUCCAAAGACAACCUCAAGUACCGCCCUGAGGGUUACUACAACCAGGAGGAGCCCCUCAACUACUGCAAGUCCACCAUGGCUACCCAUAAAGGCGUCAGCCCGGGCCUGGGCUGCGGCUGGCCUCUGCGGCCGAACUCGGGUCCCCUCAGAGCGGGCCAGGGUGUCGGCUACAUCCCAUCUAACCGCAUGAACAAGGCCGGCCAGUACGGGAAGCCAUACCGCCUCUCCCCUAGCUGCCACAACGGCAGAGGUGGCGAGGUGUUUGUCUCCAAGCUCUACGGGAACGUGCAGAUCCCCACAGACCCGGACGCGUACUGCGUGGACCUGGUGAAGAACGAGAACGGCUACGGGGAAUGCUACGACGGCCACCUGAUGCCCGAGAUGCAGCCCAUCAAGAUAGAGCAUGACUCGGACUCUGAGAACGGCUGCGACGCCUACGGGCGACCCUGGGCUUGCCGCGACCCAGAGGCCAUCGACCGCCGCUACGGUAACGGGGUGUACGACCAGAGCUCGGGCGUCCAUCUCAAAUCAGAGGCAGAUUAUUACGAUCCGCAGUACUCGCCCUGUCAGCGAGGGAAAGCAGGAAUCAGCCCGCCGUACAACAACGGCAACUAUCAGAACUAUGCAGUCAACAACACAAACGCACGUCUGUUAAAAUGUGACAAAAACUUGGGCAAUAACAACGAUAACAACCAGUUUAGCCCUCAGAGACUCUCUCACUCAGACUCUCUAUGCAGCAACCAAUCUAUCAACCUCAUGGACUCACACGUCUACCCACAGGACCCCCACAAGGCCUACAUGCACCCGGACUACAACAAGCACGGCACUUACGAGUUCAAAGGUCACGGCCUGGUCCAUUCGAUCAAGCGGGAGCCCAUGGACUCCCCGCCGUGGUCUGAGAACGCUCAUGACAUAAACCAGUCCAUGAUGGUUGGUCCAAGGAACGUUAUGCCAUGUGUUAUGAGCACAGGACACCACAAGUCUAGUCCCUACAUUUAUAUGCCAUAAGAGUGAUUGGUGCAAACACACCACAUAUUUUCACACACACACUCUCAAACAAUCAGUGUGCAUUAAAGCCACAUGCACCAGCAUUACAGAAAGGAUUCCCAGGAUGUUAACAUUUAAAUGACUCCUUCUUCUAUUUGACGAAGAGGUCACAAAACAAGGCUCAGGUUCUAGUGUUAGUGUUGUGACAAUCAAAAAAAAGAAUACUUUGAAUCCAGUUUAUGGAUAGAUCAUUUUUGUUUUUAAGGAAUACAUUUUGUAGUUGGUUCCUAGCACUUUUGGAUUUAGUGACAAUGAGACAAAUUAUGUCUAGAAAACACAAUUUCAUUUUGUUUUAUGUGUCGUGUACACCUGGCUUUUGUGGGAGGAACAAAGAUUUUUGCUGUAAAAAAAAAGACGUUUUUUUUGUACACAGGAGAUGACUUACACCGACUGCCGGGCUUAUCAAGGGAGACGGCUGAUUAUGAGAGCACACUUAGGAGUCAGUGGUAACAACUUUGAUUGUGGUUUUGCAUGUUUUAGUGCUUUAACUAUGAAUCGCCUACCUUUUUCAUUACCGCCCCCCAGUGAUGUAUGAAUGGAAUUUAGUGGUUUCUAUGCAUUUUAGACUUGUAUUAAAUCAACUUUCAGAGACUUGAAACUUAAUCAAUUGCAGUAAAAUGUUUUAAAUGUUUGGUCAAAGUUACAUGAUUUGUUUGCAACUAGGGUCUGUUUUGAAAACACUCAUUUCUGCAUCCAAGGACUGUGAUAUCUAAUACUGAGCAGCUGCAGAAAAAGCAGUUAUUUUUAACCAAAUCCACUUUAUCUUUUUCACAACAUCUUUGUUUACUCAAAAUCUGUGUCCUGAAUUUGACUUUCCAAGCAUACAGUGCUUUUGUGAGAGCAUCCUUGAAUACACCACACCACCAGGGACAGUUUUUAAAAAUGGUUCCUCCUUGCAAAUGCAGAACCCUUUGGAAAACGUUUGUAGUUAGUGGACCAAAACAUGUAAAACUAUUGGCCAAAGCUUUAAGUAUAUUCACUACAUCUGUUCAUUGAACUAGAAACUGAUCACACACAUGGUGUCAUGCAUAAGGGGACACAGGAAGUAGGGAAACAAAUCCUUCACCACCACCUGUGGUUCAAGUGUGUGCUCGUGGCUCUGACCUCCUUGAGAUAAAGAUCACACUAGAGUUGCCCUUUAAAUUGCAGGACCUAAGAUGAACUUGGACCUAUAAGAAAGAUGGUAUGCGCCGGUUAAAUGACUAUAUUGAUUAUCAGUUGAAGGUUUGUUUGGACAAGGUAGAAGUGUUAGUUUGAAUUGAAGGAAAAGAAGGCAGUCUGUUGUUAAAAGGUUCGAUGUUGAUUCUUAUUUGAAUAUGUACAAUCAUUUUAUCAUAUUAAGUCAUGAAACUCCUCGUCGAACAUACAAAUAAUUUAUGUAAUUUUAUGUCAAGGCUAAUGUUGUACAGUUUGAGUUAGUGUUUAUGGCAAGAUCAGCAUUUCAACUCGAUACAGCCUGUCUCACUGCAGAUACGACACAUUUCCUUUGAAAUGAAUAUACACUUUUCAUGUUGUCUCUUGAGUCCGAAAAACAUCAUGUCGACAUUUUGUCUUUCACAAUCAAUAUUUUUGCACAAAAUGAAUUAAAAGCACCAAAUUGAUUCAAUGUUAGAGUCUCAGUUCUGUGAAGCUACCGUUGUUGUAGUUUCUAAAUUGCACUACUGGGAGUAGAUCAGUUGAAGUUCAGCCUACCCAGACAGGUUUUUGAGUCAACACGCACAACUGUACAUGGUGUCACUGUUUUUGAAUUUGUCUUUUUCUCUCUGUGUGUGUUCAUUUCAAUAAAUGUUUGAUGAUUCGUAUUUAUUGUAAGAGGCAAAAGUGUAUAAUUUAAAAAAAAAACUACAGUUUUGAAGGCUUUUCUGUUUCACUAAGGUAAAUAAAUAUGGCUUUUUUUCUCGCUAUUUUUUGAUAAUUGUUAAAAAAAAGACUUGUCUCAUGGAGGAGGUAGCUGCAAGGUAGCGAACACAGUGUACAUAUGCAAUGUCUUCCGAUGUUUCUACGUGUUUUUUGCAAAUGGGACUAUUAAAAGACUUUUCUUUAUAUGGAA